UCACCACUGGGCCUGUCAAACGUACCUUAAUCGUUAAGGCCUAAUUGGUUUUUCCCACUGUAACCCCCUUCGUCUCAUGUAAUCUCAUUCCCAAUUUUUUGACCUCGUAUCCAUUUAUUCCGUAUCUGGUCUUUCAUUCCAACUUUACCAGAACCCCCUUUUUUUUUUUUUAACAUUGUCGCCCCUCGGCAACCUUUUGCGCCUGCUUUAUGUAUUGUCGCCGUUGAAUUUUAUCGACGGCACCAAUGCAGUCGUUUUCGAUCUGCUAGAUUGAUACGAUAAAGUUCAACCUUGUUAACUGUUAACUGGUUGAACGACGUCAAAAGGGACCCGGUAGCGUGUCUGACGCGUAUGCAUAUUGAUCGUUUAUUUGCCUAUUGACCGUUUAUUUGCCUAUCGACCACCAACCUAUUCAUCAAUACCUUCGCCGUCAUCGAACCUUUUGAGAGGGGAUCUUUCCCUUGCCACUCGCUACUCUGCGCAUUUCACUAAGACGAAUAUACGGAUAGACGGCGGUAGCGGGGUCUUUUCUGUAUGAUUGAAUAAACCAUCUUCGAUUACGACAACCACGAUAUAAUCAACGACUUACCGAUUGUACGAAACAAACUCAACCUCUCCUCUCCGACUGCCGUCUGCGAGGGCGUCGCUAAGUUCCAUUAUGGAUCUGCUUCGGCGCGCUUAUAGGCGUGUGCCUGCAGCCAUGAGCACGCCUCAGCUUCCCACCUCGGGCGAGAAGAGACCUCAGCUCAACAGGUUAACAUCGCGACUCGCUUUCUUCAGAAGACCUCUCAGAUUAAAAGGCAACUCCAGCAUAUCUGUCCCGUUAGGCGUGGUUGUUCUAUUUCCAUGCAUUGUUGUUGUCCUUAUCCUCGUGUUAUUUGUUAGGCAUCCCAGCUCUCCAGGGAGGAUAUUGAUGCCUGCUGGCGCACCACCAGCUAUCCGAAAAAUCAGCGAAGAACACGACAAAGUCUUCGUCUCGGGCUGUCUCGAACCCGAUACUACCCAAGAACGAGUCAACGGCGCGUUUGUCGUUCUCGCCCGAAACAAGGAGCUUGAUGGUGUCAUUCAGUCCAUUAAGUCUAUUGAGCGUCAUUUCAACAGAUGGUAUCAUUAUCCCUAUGUCUUCCUGAACGAUGGAGACUUCAACCAGACUUUCAAGGACAUCGUUCGCAACUACACUUCUGCUCCGGUCGAGUUUGGCAAAGUUGGCCCAGAGAUGUGGGGAUACCCAGACUGGAUAGACCCGAAAGUUGCAAAGGAGGGUAUUGCUAAACAGGGAGACGCCGCUGUGAUGUACGGUGGUCUAGAAAGCUACCACGCCAUGUGCCGAUUCUACUCCGGAUUUUUCUAUGACCAUCCUCUCCUUGCCAAAUACGAAUGGUACUGGCGUUUGGAGCCCGAGAUCAAGUACUUCUGUGACAUUACUUAUGACCCAUUCCGUAAGAUGAUCGAGUAUAACAAGACUUAUGGUUUCACCAUCGCUGUUAAGGAGCUUCGCGAGACUGUCCCUAACAUCUUCCGAUAUGCUUCUGCUUACAAGCGCCUGAACAACAUUACGUCUCAAGGUCUAUGGGAGAUGUUCGUCGAGCCCAAGCCGGAGAAGCCGCCGGCUCCUGAGGAUGACCCUAACUUCAAGCCGCCACUACCUGAAGAGAUAUUGCGAAGCGACCCCGGCCGAAUGGGCUUGCCCGAAAUUGAUCCCGAAGCCAUGGAGGGUGAGAGUUAUAACAUGUGCCAUUUCUGGUCAAAUUUCGAAAUCGCGAAGCUUAGCUGGUUCCGAAGCAAAGAGUACAAGGCCUUCUUCGAGAUGAUGGAUCGUAGUGGUGGUUUCUGGAUGGAACGAUGGGGUGAUGCUCCGAUCCAUUCUCUUGCUGCCGGUAUUCUUCUGGCGCCUCGUGAUAUCCACUAUUUCCGGGACUUCGGUUACCGACAUACCACUAUCCAACAUUGUCCGGCCAAUGCCCCUGCCCGCCAGCUUCCUCGUGAACCUUACCUCGAGAAGACAACUCAAGACGAGAGGAAACGAGUCGAAGAAGACGAGUAUUGGGACCAGUGGGACCCAGAGAAGGAGAACGGUGUUGGUUGCCGUUGCCGCUGCGAUACUGAUAUCGUAGAUGUUGAGGGUAAGGAAGGUUCGUGCUUGGCUGAAUGGGUUGACGUUGCUGGCGGAUGGGCUAGCCCGUAGUAAGAGUUCGUCAACUCCAGAGACAAUUUUGGCAAUUCCCGUCAACAACUACGGUUGGAUACCAAGUAUCUUCUAGUGGCCUUUUUCCAAGGCAUUGCCCGGCACAAAAUAUUAACGAUGGAACGACAAUUGUAUUUGGUCUAAAUGUGCUCCUCGUCGCUUUUUUGCCAGCAGAGGAGGGGUGCUUAGAAAUGACGGGUUUCGGAUAACGGCGCAGCGAAGGCUGAUAGGAGUGUAGCAUAUUACGUAUUAGGGGGGUAUACAUUGGUCCUCAACUUGUACGGCUUGGUAGUUUUGCCAUAGAAAGAGGACCUAGAGGCGGUUUGAUAGGUUACUUGUCGGUUACCGCCUAGGUCAAGGGUGGCGAACAUCAUAAUUCUGCAUGUAGAAGAGUUGCACCCUCAUGGUUCAGCUGGGUUGGCAUACUAUAUUGGUCUUCACAUCAAUCGUACAUAAUAUUCUCGUGUUAACAAA